UAAAUGAAAUUUUAAGCAUUUUAUUAUUGGGAAGUUGGUAAAAGCAAUGGGUCCAGCAGUAAUCUUCAGUUAGAGGGGGGAGAAGAAUCGCAUUGCCCUCACGUUUGAUGCUCUGAUGUUGUAGUUGUUGCUGUUCUUCUUCAACUCUCACUGUUGUUUGUUGUUUCUAUUUGCAGAGAUAAGACAAGCUUUCUAUUUCUGGCGAUUUUCUUUUGGCAGAUUCAUUCGAUUGAAGCUUGAGAAGCUCGAUCCGAGUCUCUUGGGCUUCUUUUCUCCCACUUUCUGCUCCUGGGUUCGACCAAAAGUUGCAUGAGAUAAUUUAUAGAUGAAGUCCUCGUUCUGAGAUGGAGCCGUCUCAGACUUCUUCGAAUGCUGAAAGAGGCGUUCGAAUUCAAGCUCCAUUGGUAGGAUCUGUAUCAUGCUACUGCAGGGUAGAUGCAGGCUUAAAAACUGUUGUUGGGGCAAGGAAAUUUGUUCCAGGAUCAAAGCUUUGCAUACAACCUGAUAUCAACCCUCAUGCACACAAGAGUAAAAACUCCCGCAGGGAGAGGACCAGGAUCCAGCCCCCCCUUAUACCCGGCCUUCCUGAUGAUCUUGCCAUUGCUUGCCUUAUCCGGGUUCCUAGGUUUGAGCAUAGAAAGCUCCGACUAGUCUGCAAGAGAUGGUAUCGGCUUCUUGCUGGUAAUUUCUUUUACUCACUAAGAAAGAAUCUGGGAAUGGCAGAGGAAUGGAUCUAUGUCAUCAAAAGAGAUCGUGAUGGAAGGAUCUCAUGGCAUGCUUUUGACCCUAUCUAUCAGCUCUGGCAGCCACUUCCUCCUGUUCCUGUUGAGUAUUCUGCAGCCCUUGGGUUUGGUUGUGCUGUUUUAAGUGGUUGCCACCUCUAUUUAUUUGGGGGCAAAGAUCCACUCAGAGGAUCCAUGAGACGGGUCAUCUUCUACAGUGCCAGGACAAAUAAAUGGCACCGUGCACCAGAUAUGUUGCGGAAACGCCAUUUCUUCGGUUCUUGUGUAAUUAAUAACUGCCUCUAUGUGGCUGGUGGUGAGUGCGAAGGGAUCCAAAGGACUCUUAGAUCAGCUGAGGUUUACGAUCCCAACAAGAACAGAUGGAGUUUUAUUGCAGACAUGAGCACAGCCAUGGUGCCCUUCAUUGGAGUUGUUUAUAAUGGAAAGUGGUUCCUGAAAGGGCUUGGGUCGCAUCGUCAGGUGAUGAGUGAAGCCUAUAUCCCCGAAACCAACAGCUGGACCCCAAUUCAUGAUGGAAUGGUUUCAGGAUGGCGUAACCCCAGUAUCUCUCUGAACGGGAAGCUCUAUGCCUUGGAUUGUAAGGAUGGGUGCAAACUGAGAGUCUACGAUGAAGCCUCAGAUUCAUGGAACAAGUUUAUGGACAGCAAACUCCACCUGGGGAGCUCACAGGCCCUGGAAGCUGCAGCAAUCGUUCCCCUCAAUGGAAAGCUUUGCAUCAUUCGUAACAAUAUGAGUAUCAGUAUGGUUAAUGUUUCUAGCACAGAUAAAAAUGUGGAGAGUAACCCUCAUCUUUGGGAGACUAUUGGAUCAAAAGGUCACUUUAGGACCCUAGUCACAAACAUAUUGUCCAGCAUUGCAGGUCGAGGUGGUUUAAAGAGUCACAUUGUGCACUGUCAAGUACUCCAGGCAUAAUUGCAGAGGGUUUUUAAAGAUUCCAAACUUGUGUCCGCCCAACUCAGAAGUACCUGCGGAUCCAUUUGUCUUGAUGAGUUUCUGACAAGCAAGGAAUGUCUUCAUUGGUUGGGUUGGGUUCUCAGUCUCCUCAAUGGAGCAGCAUGCUGUCUUUGUUCUUCACAUGUGCUUUCUGCUGGUUCAAUCAACAGUCAUCUGAAGGAUGACAGUGGGAAAAGACAUACUCAGUUUAACAUCAUGUUAAUUGACCAGUUUAUGUGCAAGUUCAGAAGGCAAACAGUGAAUGCAGCGGCUGGAUGUAAAAAGCAGAAGUGGACACACUGGUAUGGAGGAAUCUUGAUUUUAUACACCAAUUUGCGUGUUCCAAACUGGAAGUUUGGAGUAGUAUCGACUUUAAGUUUGUAAACAGGAACUGUUGAAAAAACCAAGUUUAGCAGACUUGGUCGCGGGGUUGUAGAAGCCAUUUUGAACAUCUAGGAGGAGAGAGAGUAUUACAGCAAGCAAGGCCUUUGCACCUUGUUUAGUCUUGUCAGGUAGCUUUGCUCUGUGCGUGUGUGUAUGUUUUCUGUCGUCAAUUAUUCCAUGAAAAGAGAAAAAUAUGUAGUCCUAGUCCCUAGAGCUGAUUUGUGAAUAUGUAUGGAAUCACUGUGUCAAAUCACCACACUGUUGUUGUUUGAAAUGUAUAGUUCCCUUUCGUUUCCAGUCUUGACAGAUGUGGAGGACACAGCCCUGGUUCUUUGGCUUUUCGUGCUUCUGUAUUGUUUCUUGAGGUAAGAUCUACAAUUGUUUUCUUUGUUGAUGAUGGUGGUGGUGGUGGUGUUUAGACCUGUUCAUGGGCCGGGUAGUCCGAUGGGCCAGCCCGACCCCCAGACGGGCUUGGGCAAUGCAUAGCUGAAACGUGCUAUGCACAGAUGCAAAGCUGCCACGUGGUAUUGAGUUGGCGGGCAGAAUGAUAAAUUUAUCCCAUAUCGGAGUACGUGGUUUAUACAAGCUUACAAGUUACAACACACUGAGGCUGCCAUGUGCGCAUAACGUGUCCAUCAUAAGAUGAACUGAAAGAUUGGGUUACUGGUCCUAUAAAUAGGCGAGCACCUUGUAAGUAAAGCUCUCUUUCUCUCUCUCUCAUUUGAAUUGGUGUUUUCUCCUCAUUGAACAGUCCUCACACACACACACCUCACAGUCACAUCCCACUGUGUAUUGGGAACAUCUCCCAUGAAUAAUAAUAUAUAAGUAGGAGAGCUGUGAGGAGCAGAUCCGGACUCCUCUCAUUCUCCAUUCCUAACUCUCCCCACAUCUCAGCACACCUUCUCAUCCUUGUUUCUAGUUCAACUGACUUGAGCGUUGAAGGUCCACCUUGGAGCAGCACUCUAGGGCUUUGGAUGUCUUUUGUGAUUGCGAAUCGCUAAGCCGAGGACUGCACUAGUAUUCAUUCCUAUUCCGAAUAUUUUCAGUAUUUAUCCUUGCUGCAGAUUUUGGCAACAACAGUUUCUGCUAAAUAAUAGGCCUGUUGGAUCUUGGAUGGAUCUCAAGUUAACCUAACAAGCAGACUACUAGUGCGAUGGCUGUUUGUACCUCUCCUAGAGUGGGGUUUCCUUGGCCCGAAACACUAAGAAGGUAUACUUUUCCUUUUGUUUGGACUGCCCACCAGAGUAAAAUCAGCCUUGUCCAAUCCUGCAUUCUGCAGCAAAAACGGUCCUUGCAGUGCCCGGUAAACAAAGCGUUGACUGCUUGUUUUAUUUGGAGUAUGUUAGGGAAACCAAAAAAAAAAAAAAGAAAUACUUGCAGCAAGAGCAAUAAGGUGCUUUGUCUAAUAAAACAUCUCUGGAUUUGGAUUUCAUGUAUGCUUCAAUCAAUUAGGGUGUAAGUGGCUGAAGUCUUUAUCUUCUGUUGAAGGUUGCUUUAUUUCAGAUUCCGCUUCAAAAAAGCUGAAAAUGCUUCUGUCCUGGUUACAGAGCUGAAAAUUCCAGUUAUUAUAUUCUGUAUGAGAAUGAAUCAACGUAUUUUGCCAGCAAUAUUGAGGUCAUAUCCAAAUACUCUA